AUGUCUUGGAGAAAAAAUCUAGAAUCAAUUAAGAAUGCUGUCUUCAAAACAAAAACUACUCUUUCUCUAAACUUUGGAUGUCUUGAAAAAAAAUAUGGAUUCAACUUAAGAGCACUUCAAUCAAAUCACAGAGUUCUCCUUACUUCUAUGGAUGCCAUGGAUAAGAAUGUGCCUUCUACUAAAGAAAACUCCAAUCAAGGCAGAACUUCAACCUCUCUGGAUGCUGUGGGAAGAAAAGAACUCCAACAAAGAACACUUCAACCUCUCUGGAUGCUGUGGAUGGAAUGGAACUUAAAUCAAGGCAGAACUUCAACCUCUCUGGAUUCUGUAGAUGGAAUUGGAGUCCAAUCAAAGCAGAACCUCAACCUCUCUGGAUGCUAUGAAUGGAAUGGGACUCAAAUCAAGGCAGAACUUCAACAAAGAACACUUCAACCUCUCUGGAUGCUGUGGAUGAAAUGGAACUCAAAUCAAGGCAGAACUUCAACCUAUCUGGAUGCUGUGGAUGGAAUGGGACUCUGUGGAAAGAAAGGAACUCCAACAAAGAACACUUCAACCUCUCUGGAUGCUGUGGAUGGACUGGGACUCCAAUCAAGGCAGAACUUCAACCUCUCUGGAUGCUGUGGAUGGAAUGGGACUCUGU